AUGAGAGAGGUGAUUCCAGAAAUUAAAUGGAAUCGAGAUGGUUUUCAGGGACAAGUGGAUUCGAUGGAACUCGCAAAAGCUCUGGACGAAGUGAAGAAUGCGGGUAGCGAGAGAAAGGAGAGCAGCUUCCGAUUCUACGCGUUCCUCGCUUCCCUCCUCGCGAUCGUCGCCUAUCUGGUCGCUCUGAUGAACCGGGAAUCCGUGUGCAACCUUCUCAGAACUUCCGAUACGGACUACUACGCGGCAAAUUGA